AAACCAUGAUGAAGGCAACAGGAGUCAGAAAACUAUUCACUGCAGGAAGUCCCAGUAUCCGGUGAGAAAUAAGAAAUACAACAGCACAGGAUGCGCCUUGGGUCAGGGGGACGUGCAAAGCCCGCAGCCUUUGUGUUCUUCUCUGUGCCAGAGUGUCAGCGUCUGAGCCCUCGGCUCCCCUCUGAGCUUGGCUGGGGCAGGCACGGUCACUGUCAGGCUCCCAGCCCCCGCCGAGGGCGACACGGAGACCGCGAUGGCCACCUCCGCCAGCCUGCUGCCACUGCUGCUGCCGCUGCUGAGCCAGCCCUGGCUGGGGGCCGGUGCUGACACACAGGCCGUGGUGUGCGCGGGCACUGCCUGCUACUCGGCCCACUGGGGCAAGCUGACUGCCGCCGAGGCCCAGCAUCUCUGCAGCAAGGACGGGGGCAACCUGGCCACAGUGAAGACCGAGGAGGAGGCCCGGCAUAUCCAGCGAGCACUGGCCCAGCUCCUACAGCCUGGGGCGCCCUGGACAGGCAAGUUCUGGAUAGGACUCCAGCGAGAAAAGGGCAAGUGCGUGGACCCCAACCUGCCCCUGAAGGGCUUCAGCUGGGUGGGCGGUGGGGAGGACACACUGUAUUCCAACUGGUACAAGGAGGCCAGGCAGACUUGCAUCUCCAACCGCUGUGUGUCCCUGAUGCUGGACCCGUCCGUCUCUUCCCUCUCCAGCCACCUCCCCAAGUGGUCUGAGGGCCCCUGUGGGAACCCGGGCUCCCCUGUAAGCAACAUCGAGGGCUUCGUGUGCAAGUUCAGCUUCAAAGGCAUGUGCCGGCCCCUGGCCCUGGGGGGCCCAGGCCAGGUGAACUACACCACUCCUUUCCAGGCCACCAGUUCCUCCUUGGAGGCUGUGCCCUUCGCCUCGGUGGCCAACGUGGCCUGUAGGGAUGGGGGUGAGAGUAGGCAGCGUUUCUUCCUGUGCAAGCAGAAGGCCGCUGAUGUGUUCGACUGGGGCAUCUCGGGACCCCUCUGUGCCAGUGCUGAGUACGGAUGCAGCUUCGGUAACGGGGGCUGCCAGCAGGACUGGUUCAGGCUGCUGGAUGACCUGGUGACCUGUAUCUCCCGGGACCCUUGUAGCUCCAGCCCGUGCAGAGGAGUGGCCACAUGCGUCCCUGAGUCCCUCUGGAAAAACUACACGUGCCAGUGCCCCGAAGGCUACCAGCUGAAUGCGACUCAGCAGGACUGUGUAGAUGUGGACGAGUGCCAGGCCUCCCCCUGUGAACAGGAGUGUGUCAACACCCCUGGGAGCUUCCACUGCCAGUGCUGGGUGGGCUACGAGCCCAGCAGCCCCGGAGGGCCGGCCUGUCAGGAUGUGGAUGAGUGUAUGAGCCCUGAGGGCGGCCUCUGUGAAGGCUACUGCCUCAACACGCAGGGGUCCUUCCGCUGCACCUGCUUGCCAGGCAGGGAGCUGGCCCCCGACGGGGUCUCCUGUAUCACAGGCACCACGUCCCUGGGACCAUCUGCUGAGACCCCCCAGGGGCAGAACACAGGAGAUAAAGAAUGGAGCCUCGGGCCUUCUACCACAACCUCAAGUCCAACUGGGAGCCCUGAGGGCACUUCCAAGGUGGCACCCACCAGGUGGAGACUCUUCCUUGAAUCCAAUGCCUCUAUCACCCCUACGUCACCCCAGUCUCUGGCCACCACUGGGUCCCCUGGAAUCUGGAUGGAGUACAGCAGCCAUCACCCCACAGCCACUACUGGUCACGAGGAGUCUACGGAUGGGGAUCUCAUUGCCCAACAAAAGAAUGACAGCCCCGACUGGCAAAAGCUGCUUUUGUUCUAUAUCCUCGGCACUGUGGCGGCCAUCUUACUCCUGCUGGCUCUGGCCCUGGGGCUGCUGGUCUACCGCAAGCGGAGAGCCAAGAGGGAGGAGAAAGAGAAGAAGCCCCAGAGCGCGGCAGACAGCUACUCCUGGGUUCCGGAGAGAGCUGAAAGCAGGGCCAUGGAGAACCAGUACAGUCCAACACCUGGGACAGACUGCUGAAGGUGGCCCCAGAGAUACUGCCAGUCAGCUGCCACCAUCCUCAGAACUCAGAUGGAGGGACCCACAUCCUUCUGAAAGACUGGACUGGAAUUUUAGCAAACAGUUGUCAACUUUCUCCUUAAAAGCCUGGCCACUUGGGACGGUCAGGUGUAUCCUAAAUGCGUGUGUUAUUCCCAGAGUGGAAGUCAUGGUUGUGGUGUCAUGGCGGGGGAUUUUGUGAAUAUUAACAAUUGUCACUCAGUCUCCCUUUUCAAAUACGAAUAUGAUUGAUUUUCUUUUUCUGCACUGGUUCUGGAUUAUGUCAGGUGCUAAUGGGCUUCUCUUCUCACUGGAGUCAUCGAAGAAGAAAAGGGGUCUGAUAAUGCUAACUAGUACAAUGGGGACUAAGUAAAUUAUUGUGUAAUUACGUAAGAAGUUAUUUUUUUUUUUUGUCAAAGGGAACGUAUGUAGGACUGAAAACCUGUCUUUGCAUUUACAUUCAUGCAUUUUCCCAUCACAAGUCCUGCCGACCUUGGUGUUGUUGAAAUCCUCCACAGUGACCAGAAAUCCACUAAGUGAGCAAGGAGGCAGGGAGUUUAGAAAUCACAUGUCUCAUUCUUAAGUGUCAGAGUCUUGGCUUUAUUAGCUAGUGAAACUUGAAAAAUGUGGAUAAAGUUGUAGGAAGUGAGUUACAACGGUUUUGAAAAGAAUCAAAAGUGCUGAAGAGGGGGGCCAGAGUUCGUUCCGCAAACACUUGAAUCUAAUUUCAUCUAAAUGUUCGUAUGUGAACGCAGACUUGACUGUGGAGGCGUUGAACACUCACAGAGAAGACGCCAGGGGCCACCUGUCUCUAAGCCUGCCCAUCCAGAGACACCCGCCCCGCCCCGCGUCCCUGCCUUCACCUCAGGCAGCUCUGCAUUUUGGUGCUUUGACUGUAGAUGGAGGGCACCCUAGGGAGUCGUUCGCUCUGAUUGUUUCCAAAGGACACGUGAGGGAGAUGCCUGGCUGGCAUCAUAAAGCUUUAUAGCCCGGCUCACAGUUGACGUUAGCACAGUUGACAGUCCUGACAACUUGAUCCUGAUGUGUGGCUGCAGCACACAGAAGGGCCGGGGGCCAGUCACGCACCAUGACAGUCCCCAUGCUGCUUCAGGAACUUGUAUCCCCUUUUUCUCUUUUUCUUAAAGAGGAGGUCUGGGGGAGGGAAAGAAGAGAGAAUAAUUAAAAUUUCUUGCAACUAUAAAAACUGCUCAAAGCAACUUAAAUUUAUAUCCUCAUGUUCAAAGGCUCACUUGCCAAGAUUUCCCCUUGCGAUGUGGUCAGUACUGCGAGGUUCUGCCUGUGCAGCCAGAAAGCCGCUGGGAUGGUCAAGGCUGUGCCCGCUGCCUGAGGAGCCGCGAGGCCUCCGGGCCCUGGGGGCUGUCUGCUGCCGCCAAGCAGACGUCCAGAGGGAAUGGGCUUCCUUCCAGAGAUUCCAAACUCUGCCUCGCAGGAGGAGGGCAUCCCAUUGUUUCUGGUUUUGCCUUAGAAAUGCAACCAUCCCAGAGGUUAACACCUGGCCCUCAGAGUCCAGUACACUUUUUUUUUUUUUUUGCCAAAUUUGAAAUGUAGGUGCUACAGUUUAUUAUUUUUUUUAAAGACCAUGGGAAACUGCAGACGGUGUAAAAGGAAACAGGAAGGCCCUGUGGAGCCUAGCAGGCGCUUGGAAGUUCUGCAUUUUAGUCCGUUUUCACUUGGAGUAACACUCUAAGUCUGACACUCUAGGAGACCAAAGCUGUGCCCUUUCAUCACAGGACCCUGACAGUCUCUUGUAUGGGAACCAACUGGUGAUUGAAAGGCUGUUGCUGACUAGUAUCUGCAUGGACAUGAAAUAAAUGCAAAUUCAACAGCUUCCCCCUAGGUUUGUACAGUUUUUCUUUUCGUUUGAGAUGAAGGAGACGAUCUUAUUCUGGGCUUUGCCCAAGUCCUCUGUGAUCCUGUGGGCCUUGAACUGGCUGAGGUUACUAACAUGCACUCUCAGUUCUGUGUUCCGUUUUUCUAGGGCCCUCAAGGGGCUAAUAGGGUUGACAAAUAGCAGUUUCUCAGAAUCUGCCCUGGCUGAGUUGGCCCCCCAAAUGCCAGUGAGGCCUCUUGCUCUCACGCCACUGCCCACUAGCGGCCAAGAUCCUCGACCUGCAUGACCUCAGGCAGAGAAACUGAUGAAACUACUGGCCUCAAAUAGAUGCUUUAUUCUCCCUUUAACACUGCUAUAAUUCUGCCUGAGUAUUUGAAUCCUUGUACUGGAGAGCUCCGGGCCACCACAGUGAAUAUACAAGUGUUUGUGGGCUGUGUGGCCGUUGGUGAACUUCCCAUUUAUUCAUAGGGGCCCAGGUGGCUCGGCCAUAACACAGCCAGAGAAGCGGAUGGGGCUGAGCCUGGGGAGAGGUGGCCCUGCCCUGUGCACACCCCUCCAACCACGUCCUUGGGUGGGGACAGACCAGGUGCUGCUGUUUCUGACCUGCUGAGCAGCAGGACAAGUGAGACGAUGGGGAGAGGGAGAAGGGUCUACUUAGCAAAGGCUCAAAGGCGAUGGAGACUUUUGUCCAAAUAGUAUUUCCCAUAGUUCAAUCAUUUUAGAAAACUCUUAGAAAACCUAGAUCUGGGACAAAGUUACUUCCUCUUACCUUUCGCCUUCCAAGGCAGAUAAUUGAAAAGGGGGAGGACACCUUUAAUUAUGCAGCUCACUAGGCCCAUGUCUUUCUUUUAGGGACAGUCAUUGCUUUUUCUUCUUUACUAUUUAUAGAGCCUGAUGCAAGAGGACGUUUCCCCCUCGGGAAUCUGAGGCUUGGAGGAAACCGAGGGUGGGGCAACUAUCCAACAAGGCCUAGGGGGUGGUGGGCUUGGUGAGCAGGACCCACCACUGUCAGCAGUGCGGCCUUGAGGCACACGCAGCUGUUGAGGGCAGCUUGACCAUCGGAGUGGACCCUGUGAUGUUACACAUCCACAUGGCGUUUUCCCAGCAGCAGUAAGUGGGUGACUUAAGUGGUUUCUGAGUUGAGAGCAGGAGGAUUCUGGGGUGUGGUCCCUGUCAGGCUUUGCAAGGCCAACUCUAGCCCUAAGUGUUACUCAGUGGUAGCCUAGCAACCUUGGCAAAGGCUCCUCCUCCCCUCUUUUCAUGAUCAGGCAAACAAGUGGAAUCAAAAGUUAAGCGUGCAAUACCUGCUCAUGUACAUCAUGAAGGCGGACCUGAGGAGGGAAUGAAUCUCUUUUCUCUUAAACACACAUGUGCGCGUCCCUGUUCUCAUUUAUGUUCUAAGCAUGAGCACCUGUCUGAGCCUGCUGUGCUGGCACCUGGCCUCCUCACGAGAGAUCUUUGAAGAAUACGCAUUUCAGCAUUGGUUACUUUUACUCCAACUUUCUUGUCCAUAAACAUGUGAAAACUAAAAGAAAAGAGAUGAGAUCUGACAAAAAUAGUACAAACUUCAAAAUAAUGCAGUUUUUUAAGGCAAAUAUAGGAAAGCCUUUUGUGUUAUUUUUCUCCUGGACUUUGCCAUUGUCUGGAACAGGAAAACAGGAAAGCAAUGCUUUCUAGCAGCUGCAGAUCGUGUAAUGGCUCUACAUAUUUCCAUCACCUUAAACAAUAGGUCCAGUGUGGGAAUCUGAGAUAGGAGCCCCGAGCACAUCUGUUUCUGUCAGGCUGCAAUACCCACAGCUUAGAUCUGUGUGGUUCGUGGAAUGAACAACAAUAAAAAACCCAAAAAGACAAUAAUCAAAAUUCCCCACCUCCCGAUUUUUGGAACUAAUAUUAACUGAUGUGCUUUAAAAAAUUGUGCUUUGGUCUGUUUUUAGAGUUAAUGCCCAUUUAUUUUAAGAAGCAACUCUAGAAUUUCUUUCUUGAAUAGUUUCUUUUAUCUGCAAAGUGGCAAGGGUUUCCACCCCUCCCCACAACAGAUUUUGUCCUCUGCUCCCCUGGGCUGAAGUUCUUUUUGCAUAUUUGGCUUAAGCUUGAACUGGAUUGUAUGCUAGGUCUGGUUCUGCUAUGGUAGGUGUGAUUGUAAAUGGCUAGUCACUUCAUGAAUGUUAAGUGAGAAUGUAAGUAGUUUCAAAUAUGUGUAUUUAAACUGUGUCCCACUAAUUCUGGAAUCAUGGGCUUUCAAUGCGGGGUUUAUUUUCAUCCCAGGCAUGAGUGCUUCUCAGGUUGGGGGGAGGGCAUGCUUGAAUGGGGCACUGAUCCUCAGAAACUCUGAGAAACUGAGCGGCAUCUUGGUUCAGCCUCAAAUGGCAGGUUUGUUGUCUUUUGCACUUGUAUUACACAACUAUUCUAAUAAAGUCUGAAAUAUGUUUGUUGUCAA